CAUUACACUCCAGCAAAAACAUGAACGCCAUCUGUUCUCAGCUUCCGUGAAACCCGAGCCGAGUGGACGAAGAUGGUGACCAAAAAGAUUCGCUCCGAGUACAUGAAGAAAUUUAAAGACCCCAAAUGGGAGACUUACACAAAGUGUUAUGAGGAGCUGCUGAAAUACAGGGUGAACCGCAGACUCCUGGAGCAAUCACACAAGCCCUGGUUCUGGAAUGGCUCUGAUACUGACUCAGAUUCUGGAGAAGGAAAUUCAACUGAGAGAGGCGAAGACCCUGUGGCGGACCAGCUAGAGGAGUGCCAGGGGGCCAGGACAGAUGUACCCAGACUGCCCUUGUUGGAGGACGAGCAGGAACAUGGCUUCCGUGAUGAUGGAGUCAGAGAGUCACGUGCACCAGAGGAGCACAGAGGAGCGUGGAGUGGUAACCAACACAAAAAUGACACUCAGAGGGAACCACAAGCAGAAAAAGACCCCACAGUCCCACAGCUGCAGCUGAUUAAACCAAGGAGGCUUUCCAAGUUGUCACGUCUCCAGCGGGCGCAGCAGACCACGCGUCAGCCUCCUAACGAGGACAGUAAACAUCCCUUCGCCCUGUAUGCUUCUGGUGAAAAGGAUGCUGACAUUGCAGGCAGAAAGACGCACAAUGUCCUCCCUGUUGCUUCCACCAAUGAGAUUCAUGCAUCUGCUCUUAGGGCCAAGAUCAGGAGGGAAGCGGAGCGACAGGUCCACACCGAAAGAAGCGAGCGCCGCAGAAACAGGUCGGCGGAUAUGCUCAAAGCCAGAAAGACUGUUCAGCCUGAGUUUAACCCAUGGCUCACCGAGUACAUGCGCUGCUUCUCUGCUCGCGCCCGAUGAAACCCACUCUCAGAUAACAACACGAAGCCAAUAUUUGUGGCUGUUAUUCAGCUCACAAACAGUGAAAGUUACUCUGUGGCUCUUUUAACAUGAACAAUAGUGGCAAUCGCCAUAUAAUCAUUAUGGGUACCAAUAGAUAUUUAGGAACGAUGAAGCCAUACUUGGGGCCGCUCGGUGGCCGAGUGGUUAGCAUGUUGCCCCACACAGUCAGGAGAUGUGGAAGACCUGUGUUGGAGUCUCUGUGUGGAGUUUGCAUGUUCUCCCUGUGCGUUCGUGGGUUUUCCCCGGGUACUCCCCUUUCCUCCCACAUUCCAAAAACAUGCAUGUUGGGUUCAUUGGCUCUAGCCAAAGUCAGCUGGGAUAGGCUCCGGCAUACCCCCGCAACCCAAGUGAGGAUAAGCAGCAUAGAAAAUGGAUGGAUUGGGAUGGAAGCCAUACUUGAGUCAGGUCCUUUUUAAAAGACACACAGUCUAAAAGGUGGGACUAUUUUUCCAAAAUAAAACUGCAUGACAAUGUCAUCUGGAAAGCCACUUUGCUCAGAAUGUUCGUGUCACAGAAAACACUCAGACACAUCAGACUUUUGUUUGUGUUGGACAUAUAGAAAUAUGUCGUAGUAGUACAUGAACUGGUAAUGUUUUGCAUUGGCUGUUCACUAGUUGUGCUAAUGUGCUUGUACACUAACCAGCCUGAAAGCUGAAUGUGUGGUGUCAUACAUGCAGCUCAUUCACUUACGUAGUCAUUAGAAUUGUCAUAAAAAACUGGCUCAGGAAACCAAUUUUCUGGAGCGUAUUUUGUGGCACGUUUACUCUUCAACCGUAGGAACUAAAAGCCAAUUCAUUUAGCCUUUAAACAUAACAUGAAGUUAGCUUAUUAGGUUUGAGAAGCGUUUAUUUUUCUCAAGCCGCUGCACCUUCCCCAAAGUCUUAUUGCGCCUCCCGGGGGAGACCUUCCUCACAUUUUGAAACCCCUGGCUUAGGAGGUCAAAUUAGAGUGAACAUACAGACAAAAUAGGCUGUUUGGCUCAUUUAUAACCAAAUACUUUUUCUAUUUAAGGAGCCAAAAAAUGUUGGUGCUUACACUUAACAUAGAUCAUAUCAGUCCUUGAGGAUGAACUUGUCUGUGCCAUGUAAGGACAUUUAAUAAUGAUAUUAAUACCAACAUCAAGUCAGUUCAGGCUAUAGUUAACUUGUGCUGCACAUGAACUUUUUGUUGUUGCACCUAUUGAGGUCAGCAUUACUUUUUAUGACCGAGUUUUAUUGUUCAAACUCUACAGUGUAAUUCUGUAAAAAAAAAAGAUAUUUUUUGAACAAAUAUGUGAAAUUUUGUGCAAUAUGUCUGACAAUCUUGAAGGUGAAUCUGAGGGGGUAUCAACGGGAUCUGUCUCUGAUUUAUUCCACUUUUUCUUGACUUUUUAUUAGAGAUGUAUGAGUUGAAAGGGUUGGUUCUAUUUAGCAUUUAGAAAACCUUUUUUUCAGCAGUAAUCCCACUUUGAAUCAAAUUGCUGCACAACACAUGAAAUGUUUCUUUACCUUUCAACCUUUUAAUAAAUCGUGUUCCCACCUGUCUCUUUGUUUCUAUAC